AUGGCUUGCUUAUCUAAUAUCAAUUGUCGUACAGCUACGUUUGAUCAAUCUAGUAAUAACUGUCAACUGUUCGAAAACAUUCCUACCGAAUAUGGUAGUAUGUCAUCACAAGCAGGUGUUGUAACUUUAAUUACUAUUGGUAUUAGACAAGCACCAGCUAUGUGUACAAGCAUGUUUUACAAUCAAACUACUUAUGGAGCUGGUUCUAGUCUAAGCGCAGUAGUAGUAGUUGAUGUGAAUGGCGAUGAAAAAUUUGAUAUGGUUGUUUCAAACUUUAUGUCGGAUAGUAUUGGUGUUCUUCUCAACACAGGCAAUGGCACUUUUAAUACUCAAAUUAUCUAUUCAAGUGAUAGUGAUCCAAUAGCAGUAGCAGUUGCCGAUAUUAAUAAAGACAACAAAACUGAUAUUAUUGUUGUAAACUAUGGUUCGAAUGACCUCGUUAUUUAUUUCAAUGCCGGCAAUGCCACUUUCACAAAUCGAAGUAGUUUUGAAACUGGUCCUCUGCCACUUACAGUAACAAUAGCGGAUGUAAACAAUGACAACAAAUCUGAUAUUAUUGUCAUAAAUGUUGGUUCAAACGACAUUGGUGUUCACUUACAAUGUUACAAUUAUCUCGAAAACUAA